AUGAGCCACAAAAGAACAACAUAAAUACAUACAAGCACGCUAAAACUGAAUGACAUAAAUGAUCAUUCACCGGUGUUUCGCGACAAAGAGACAGUCAUAAAAAAUACUAGAAAAUACAGCUGAGGGAACAGCAUUUCAACUGGAAAGAGCGCAGGAUUCAGUCAUUUGCCUCUGUUGGAGGCCACACGAUGGCGCUGCAGGCUAAAGCGCCAGUACGGGGAAGGGAAUUGCACAAGCUGCGGAAGCCUCUUAACAAAAAAAGGAACAUUGCAGAAGGUAGUCUAGGAGAAAAGCUGUAGCCACCCAGGACUGGGAAAGAAGAAAAUCAGAUUCUUGCUACUACGUGGAAUAGAUGUUGGGUUUGCGAUUGCUGUCUUUUAUACUGGGAGCCGUAUUUGUGAUCAAAGUUGCAAAAGGCCCUUUCAGAAGAAGCUAUGGAGUCUGGAGGAUUUCACUGCAACAGACAAAGGCAAGUUCUGCUUCUCUUUCUGUUUGGGGGGUUAGCCAUGGCAAGUUCUGAAUUUGGACGAUAUUCAGUUACAGAGGAAACAGAGAGAGGAUCAUUUGUGGUCAAUCUGGCAAAGGAUCUGGGGCUAGGGACCAAGGAGCUGGUUGCAAGGGGAGCCCGGGUGGUCUCUGAUGAUAACAAACAAUACUUAAUCCUGGACACGCUUACUGGGGAUUUGUUCACAAAUGAGAAACUGGACCGAGAGAAGCUGUGUGGCCCCACAGAGCCCUGUAUGCUGUAUUUCCAAAUUUUAUUGGAUAACCCCUUUCAGAUUUACCAGGCUGAGCUGAGGGUCAGAGACAUAAAUGAUCAUUCACCGGUGUUUCGGGACAAAGAGACAGUCAUAAAAAUACUAGAAAAUACAGCUGAGGGAACAGCAUUUCGACUGGAAAGAGCACAGGAUUCAGAUGGAGGACUUAAUGGUGUCAAAAAUUAUACCAUCAGCCCCAACUACUUUUUCCACAUUAAAAUUAGUGACAGUGAUGAAGGCAUGAUAUAUCCAGAGCUAGUGUUGGAUAUGGCACUGGAUCGGGAGAAGGAGCAGGAGGUCAGUUUAACACUCACAGCACUGGAUGGUGGGUCUCCACCCAGGUCUGGGACCACCACCAUACACAUUGUGAUCCUAGAUGUCAAUGACAAUGCCCCAAAGUUUUCUCAGGAAAUCUACAACGCCCAGGCUACUGAAAACAGCCCAGUAGGGUCGCUUAUUACUAAAGUCUCUGCAGGAGAUGUAGACACUGGCGUCUAUGCAGCUAUAUCUUACUCAUUUUUUGAUGUUUCUGAAGAUAUUCUAACAACCUUUCAAAUCAAUUCUUUCUCUGGGGAAAUCAGUCUCCGAGUAUUGCUUGAUUAUGAGAUGGUAAAAUCUUACAAAAUAAACAUACAGGCAAUUGAUGGUGGGGGCCUUUCAGCAAGAUGUAUGGUUUUAGUUGAGGUAUUAGAUGCCAAUGACAACCCCCCUGAACUGAUUAUGUCCUCACUUUCCAACAACAUUGCUGAAAACUCCCCAGAGACUGUACUGGCUGUUUUUAGGAUUAAAGACAGAGACUCUGGAGAAAAUGGAAAGAUGGACUGUCACAUUCAGGAUAACCUGCCAUUUGUUCUAAGACCCUCUGUGGAGAAUUUUUACAUCCUAAUGACAGAUGGAGCGCUGGACAGAGAAAGCCAGUCCGAGUACAACAUCACGAUCACUGUCAGGGACAUGGGCACCCCCAGGCUGCAGACCCAGCACAACAUCACAGUGCUGGUGUCCGACGUCAACGACAACGCCCCCGCCUUCAGCCAAAGCGCCUACACGCUGCUGGUGCGCGAGAACAACAGCCCCGCCCUUCCUGUGGGUGCUGUGUUCUUAUUAGAGAGUGCCACGGAUUUAGAUGUAGGAAUCAAUGCUCUAAGAAGCUACAUGAUAAGCCCCAACACUCAUUUCCACAUUAAAAUGAGAGUAAACCCAGACAAUAGAAAAUAUCCAGAGUUAGUUCUAGACAAAGCACUGGAUUAUGAAGAACAGUCAGAGCUCAGUUUUAUCCUCACUGCUCUGGAUGGUGGAUCUCCACCAAAGUCUGGGACAGCGUCAGUCAGGGUGGUGGUGGUGGACAUCAAUGACAACUCUCCUGAGUUUGAGCAGCCGUUUUAUGAGGUGACAAUUCCAGAGAAUAGUUCCCUAGGCUCACUGGUUGUGACAGUGUCAGCUUGGGACUCAGACUCUGGAAAAAAUGGUGAAAUAUUAUAUGCAUUUUCUCAAGCCUCAGAAGAUAUUCGCAAGACAUUUGAAAUUAAUAAAAAAUCCGGAGAAGUUGGCUUAAUAGCAUCCUUAGAUUUUGAAAAAACUGAAUCAUACUCAAUAAUCAUUCAAGCCACAGAUGGGGGAGGACUUUUUGGAAAAUCAACCAUCAGAAUUCAGGUGGUAGAUGUGAAUGACAAUGUUCCAGAAGUCGCAGUGUCAUCAAUCACCAGUCCAAUUCCAGAGAAUAUGCCUGAGAUGGUGGUUAUGGUUUUCAGUAUCCGAGACAGAGACUCUGGUGACAAUGGAAGGAUGAUCUGUUCUAUCCCAGAUGACCUACCAUUUGUGCUAAAAUCUUCAGUUGAGAAUUACUAUACUUUGGAAACAGAGAGUUCCCUGGACAGAGAAAGCCACUCCGAGUACAACAUCACCAUCACCGUCUCGGACAUGGGCACCCCCAGGCUGCAGACCCAGCACAACAUCACAGUGCUGGUGUCCGACGUCAACGACAACUUCCCGGGCCACCUGGUGGACGUCAGCGGCGCCGGGACGCUGUCCCACAGCUACCAGUAUGAGGUGUGUCUUUCGGGGGACGCUGGGACCGAUGAGUUCAAGUUCUUGAAGCCAGUUUUUCCCAAAUUCCCGCUUCAGUGCCCUGGGAAAGAAAUGGAGGAGAAUCCUAACAUUGGCCAUAGCUUUGGAGUCAAUAUUUAGUGAAUAUUUACUUUUAUAUUAUACUCUGUAUAGUGUUUAGUGCUACACCCAAAACAAGUAUAUUUUUCUCUCUUUUUUAUUUUGCAUGUUCUACCCAGUUUUACUCUUAGGUAAAUGUUUAUUUGUGGUUGUAAUGAGCUGGUAACUUAUUCUCUAAGCAGGAAGUCUUAAUUUGUACUUAACUUGCCUCCUUAAAUAACACCAUAUCAUAUUUUGCCCAAUGCUCUCUUCAAUUGAAAUUUCACCAGUAAUUAUGGCUAUGGUAAAAUAAAAUCUGC